GAGGUCAGACGUUGCCACCAUCCAGUUUAGUGCUGGUUGUGAUGGCAAGUGGUGACUAAUCACCAGUUGGAGAUCUUGAGAAGGCAGUUGUUGGUCACGUUUGCCCAUGGCUUGUCGCCGUGUCACUGUGACUAGCAGAGCAAUAUUGGGAAGCGUAGUUGGAGAGCUGAAAGCGCUGUAAAGAAGCAGUGGAUUCUCACAGGCAGAUUCUCAACUUGGGCUGGAGGCCAUUUCGGCUCCGUGGCUGCUGUGGUAAGCCUGAUUAGAGUCAACGAAGUUCUUGGCAUGCUGCUCCGAUUGUUGUACUGAUCGGUGUGGCGACUGCUGCAUGAUGAACCCGAGGAGGUCAGACGUUGCCACCAUCCAGUUUAGUGCUGGUUGUGAUGGCAGGUGGUGACAAAUCACCAGUUGGAGAUCUUGAGACGGCAGUUGUUGGUCACGUUUGCCCAUGGCUUAUCGCCGUGUCACUGUGACGAGCAGAGCAACACACCAGCUACUUUGCUGAUGUUGCUACUGCAAGGGCAAAACUGGUGUUGGGGAAGGCGUAGUUGGAGAGCUGAAAGCGCUGUAAAGAAGCAGUGGAUUCUCACCGGCAGAUUCUCAACUUGGGCUGGAGGCCAUUUCGGCUGCGUGGCUUGUGGCAGCUGCGGCAAGCCUCAUUAGAGUCACCGAAGUUCUUGGCAUGCUGUUCCGAUUGUUGUACUGAUCGGUGUGGCGACUGGUGCAUGAUGAACCCGAGGAGGUCAGACGUUGCCACCAUCCAGUUUAGUGCUGGUUGUGAUGGCAAGUGGUGACUAAUCACCAGUUGGAGAUCUUGAGACGGCAGGUGUUGGUCGCGUUUGCCCAUGGCUUAUUGUCAUGACACUGUUACUAGCAAAGCAAUAUGCCAGCUACUUUGCUGCAUCAAGGACAUAACUGGCGUUGGGAAAGACGUAGGCGAAAUCGGUGUAAAGAAGCAGUGGAUGCUUUCCGGCUGUUCAGAUUCUCAACUUGGUCAGGAAGGAACCCAUUUACGAUGCGCGUUUUGCAGCAGCUAUGGCGGCAAGCCGGACUAGAGGCAACACAAUCCUUGGUGAAGCGUGCUGUGUCGAUUGUUGUACUGAUCGGUGUGGUGACUGCUGCAUGAUGAACCCGAGGAGGUCAGACGUUGCCACCAUCCAGUUUAGUGCUGGUUGUGAUGGCAAGUGGUGACUAAUCACCAGUUGGAGAUCUUGAGACGGCAGGUGUUGGUCGCGUUUGCCCAUGGCUUAUUGUCAUGACACUGUUACGAGCACAGCAAUAUGACAGCUAAUUUGCUGCAUCAAGGGCCUAACUGGCGUUGGGGAAGACCGUAGUUGGAGAUGCGAAGCCGGUGUAAAAAAGCAGUGGAUGCUUUCCGGCAGUUCAGAUUCUCAACUUGGUCAGGAACCUAUUUUCGAUGUGUGGCUUGCAGCAGUUAUGGCAAGCCGGACUAGAGGCAACAAAAUUAUCGGUGAAGCGUGCUGUGUCGAUUGUUUCCUGACCGGUGUGGCGACUGCUGCAUGAUGAACCCGAGGAGGUCAGACGUUGCCACCAUCCAGCUUAGCGCUGGUUGUGAUGGCAGGUGGUGACUAAUCACCAGUUGGAGAUCUUGAGAUGGCAGUUGUUGGUCGCGUUUGCCCAUGGCUUAUCGCCGUGUCACUGUGACGAGCAGAGUAAUACACCAGCUACUUUGCUGAUGUUGCUAUUGCAAGGGCAAAACUGGUGUUUUGGGGAAGGCGUAGUUGGAGAGCUGAAAGCGCUGGUGGUCUCUCACCGGCAGAUUCUCAACUUGGGCUGGAGGCCAUUUCGGCUCCGUGGCUUGUGGCAGCUGCGGUAAGCCUGAUUAGAGUCAACAAAGUUCUUGGCAUGCUGAUCUGAUCGUUGUACUGAUCGGUGUGGCGACUGCUGCAUGAUGAACCCGAGGAGGUCAGACGUUGCCACCAUCCAGUUUAGUGCUGGUUGUGAUGGCAGGUGGUGACUAAUCACCAGUUGGAGAUCUUGAGACGGCAGUUGUUGGUCACGUUUGCCCAUGGCUUAUCGCCGUGUCACUGUGACGAGCAGAGCAACACACCAGCUACUUUGCUGAUGUUGCUACUGCAAGGGCAAAACUGGUGUUGGGGAAGGCGUAGUUGGAGAGCUGAAAGCGCUGCCAUUUCGGCUGCGUGGCUUGUGGCAGCUGCGGCAAGCCUCAUUAGAGUCACCGAAGUUCUUGGCAUGCUGUUCCGAUUGUUGUACUGAUCGGUGUGGCGACUGCUGCAUGAUGAACCCGAGGAGGUCAGACGUUGACACCAUCCAGUUUAGUGCUGGUUGUGAUGGCAAGUGGUGACUAAUCACCAGUUGGAGAUCUUGAGAAGGCAGUUGUUGGUCACGUUUGCCCAUGGCUUGUCGCCGUGUCACUGUGACCAGCAGAGCAAUAUUGGGAAAGGCGUAGUUGGAGAGCUGAAAGCGCUGUAAAGAAGCAGUGCAUUCUCACAGGCAGAUUCUCAAUUUGGGCUGGAGGCCAUUUCGGCUCCGUGGCUGCUGUGGGAAGCCUCAGUAGAGUCACCGAAGUUCUUGGCAUGCUGCUCCGAUUGUCGUACUGAUCGGUGUGGCGACUGCUGCAUGAUGAACCCGAGGAGGUCAGACGUUGCCACCAUCCAGUUUAGUGCUGGUUGUGAUGGCAAGUGGUGACUAAUCACCAGUUGGAGAUCUUGAGAAGGCAGUUGUUGGUCACGUUUGCCCAUGGCUUAUCGUCAUGACACUGUUACGAGCAGAGCAAUAUCCCAGCUAGUUUGCUGCAUCAAGGGCCUACCUGUAGUUGGAGAGGCGAAGCCGGUGUAAAAAGCAGUAGAUGCUUUCCGGCAGUUUAGAUUCUCAACUUGGUCAGGAACCAUUUACGCUGCGUGGCUGCUGUGGCAAGCCAGGCAACACAAUUGUUUCUUGGCGUGCUGCUGUCGAUUGUCGUACUGAUCGGUGUGGCGACUGCUGCAUGAUGAACCCGAGGAGGUCAGACGUUGCCACCAUCCAGUUUAGUGCUGGUUGUGAUGGCAAGUGGUGACUAAUCACCAGUUGGAGAUCUUGAGACGGCAGGUGUUGGUCACGUUUGCCCAUGGCUUAUCGUCAUGAUACUGUUGCGAGCAGAGCAAUCUGCCAGCUACUUUGCUGCAUCAAGGGCCUACCUGGCGUUGGGGAAGACCGUAGUUGGAGAGGCGAAGCCGGUGUCAAAAAGCAGUAGAUGCUUUCCGGCAGUUCAGAUUCUCAACUUGGUCAGGAACCCAUUUACGAUGCGUGGCUUGCAGCAGUUAUGGCAACCAGGACUAUUGGCAACACAAUUCUUGGUGAAGCGUGCUGUGUCGAUUGUUGUACUGAUCGGUGUGGCGACUGCUGCAUGAAGAACCCGAGGAGGUCAGACGUUGCCACCAUCCAGUUUAGUGCUGGUUGUGAUGGCAAGUGGUGACUAAUCACCAGUUGGAGAUCUUGAGACGGCAGGUGUUGGUCACGUUUGCCCAUGGCUUAUCGCCGUGUCACUGUGAUGAACAGAGCAAUAUGCCAGCUACUUUGCUGCAUCAAGGGCAUAACAGGCGUUGGGGAAGACGUAGUUGGAGAGGCGAAGCCGGUGUAAAAAAGCAGUGGAUAUUUUUUGGCAAUUCAGAUUCUCAACUUGGUCAGGACCCCAUUUACGAUGCGUGGCUUGCAACAGUUAUGGCAAGCCGGACUAGAAGCAACAACAUUAUUGGUGAAGCGUGCUGCGUCGAUUGUUGUACUGAUCGGUGUGGGGACUGCUGCAUGAUGAACCCGAGCAGCUCAGACGUUGCCACCAUCCAAGUUUAGUGCUGGUUGUUAAGGCAAGUGGUGACUAAUCACCAGUUGUAGUUGUUGAGACGGAAGGUGUUGGUCGCGUUUGCCCAUGUCUUAUCGUCAUCAUGAUACUGUUACGAGCAGAGCAAUAUGCCAGCUACUUUGCUCUGCAAAGUGCAUAGUUGGUGCUGGGGAAGACGUAGUUGGGGAGCUCAAAGCGCUCAUGCUUUCUGGCAGUUGAGAUUCUUAACUUGGACAGGAGGCCAUUUACGACUCGUGGCUUAUGGCAGCUAUGGCAAGCCUGAUAAGAGUGAACGAAGUUCUUGGUGAAGGGUGCUGUGCCGACUGUUUGUACUGAUUGGUGUGGCGACUGCUGCAGGAUGAACCCGAGGAGGUGGUGACUAAUCACCAGUUGGAGAUCUUGAGACGGCAGAUGUUUUAUAGUGGCAGAGAUCCAACACCUGAAGAGCGGGUGCAGCUGGACAUCAAGACGCCUGAGCAAGUUGAGGGAAUGCGCGCCGCCUGUCGCCUGGCUCGAGCAACGCUGGAAACAGCUGGCAAGAGCGUGGCGCCAGGCGUGACGACGGACGAGAUUGACCGCAUCGCCCACGAAUUCAUUGUAGAUCACGGAGCCUAUCCCAGUCCCUUGGGGUACUGCGGCUUUCCAAAGGCCGUUUGCACGAGUGUCAAUGAGAUCAUUGGGCACGGCAUUCCGGACAGUCGACCCCUAUCAGAGGGAGACUUCUUGAACAUCGAUGUGACAGUCUAUUUGAACGGCUAUCACGGGGACACAAGUUGCAUGUUCUUCGCGGGCCCACCCAGCAAGCGAGCUGCGAAGCUGUGCAAGGCCACGCGGAAGGCAAUGCUUGCCGGCAUUGAGGUUUGUGGUCCUGGCGUGGACUUCCGGGAGGUGGGCAGGGCCAUCACGGCCUCUGCUGAAGAGGACGGAUGCACCGUCCAUCCUUCGCUGGUUGGUCAUGGGAUUGGAAGCUAUUUCCACGGCCGGCCAGAGAUUCUUCCGUAUGUCAAUGACGACGAUUGGGGUGUGAUGCAGCCGAACAUGACCUUCACGGUGGAGCCGGCGCUGGUGGACGCUCCGGACCGCACCUGCGAGGUGGAUGCGGAGGAUCUUUGGACGAUGUGUACCAUGACCAAAGCUCUCGGUGCGCAGUUCGAGCACACCAUUCUCAUCACUGAUCAUGGCAUGGAGAUCCUCACGGGGCCCUGCAUUGACUAUACGGGCAUGGCGCCGUCCCCGGUCAAGGCAGCCAAGAAGCGGCGCAAGGGCUUCCAGUGAGUGCGAUAGCCACCAUGCCCAAGCCAAUGGGAACCCUCUUCGAGCCAUCCAGUCAGUGCAGAUUGCGUGGCAAGUUUUCUUGGCUGGACCUCAAGCAUUGAUUUCCAGUUGUGAGCCGGACGCGAUGUAUUCAUCUUCAUGAAAGUGCGAGCUGCUUGCCUGUUUGGCCCUUCACGACUCAAAAUUCAGCCACCUUCAACGCUGAUGUGGCUGCAGAUGGC